CAGGAGACAACAGCCACGUCCUUGUUGACCCUCCUUUCCAAUUUUUCUCGCCCAUUAGCAGGCCAGCUUUAUUUUACCCUCCCCUACUUGCUGCUAUGGAAGAUGCUGACACAGAUCCUCACAUCUUCGGCGUUUUCUGAAAAGUUGCCUCUUUGCCUGCUCUUCUCCACCUGGGCAGCAGGCCAGGAGGAUGUGGCGUUCUCCGUCAGCUUCUGCUGCCGGGAUUUCACAGCCAGCCGGCCGGCCAUGGAGGAUACCUGGAGCCAUUUCUGCUUCGGCUUUCUGGAUUAUAAGACCGAGAAGUUUGCGCUCACCAGGAAUAGGAAGGUCGGAGUCUUGCACCGCCUGAUCCAGCUCGGGAUCGUGGGCUACAUCCUCGGGUGGGUGUUUCUAGCCAAAAAGGGCUACCAGGAGAAAGAUACUGACCCUCACAUCUCGGUCAUCACCAAACUGAAAGGGAUUUCGGUCACACGCGUCCGGGAGCUUGGGGACCGAAUCUGGGAUGUGGCAGAUUACGUGAAACCCCCUCAGGGGGAAAACGUGUUCUUUGUGGUGACCAAUUUCAUUGCUACUCCGAAGCAAGUGCAAGGCUCAUGUCCAGAGCAUCCUUCCAUCCCUGAUGGGAAUUGCAGGAGAGAUGAGGACUGUUCGCCAGGACAGCCGGUGGUCCAUGGAAAUGGAGUAAAAACAGGGAAGUGUGUCCCGUUUGAUGCAUCCCAUAAUACCUGUGAGAUCUAUGGGUGGUGUCCAGUGGAAAACAAGACCUUGUCCAGGAAACCACUCUUGGCUGAAGCGGAGAAUUUCACUCUCUUUAUUAAAAACACUGUCAACUUUACCAGGUUUAACUUCUCCAGGACAAACACGCUGAAGAUGACGGAUGGCUCUUACUUCAAGGGGUGUCGAUAUGAUGCCGUGGAUGACCCUUAUUGCCCUGUUUUUCGCAUUCGUGACAUGGUCGAGGCAGCUGGGGAGAGCUUUGAGGAGAUGGCUCACCUGGGGGGCGCUAUCGGCCUGCGGAUCGACUGGGAUUGUGACUUGGACCAGCCUCCUUCGAGAUGCAGGCCCUGCUAUUCCUUCACUCUGCUGGAAAAGAAAUUCAACUUCAGAACCGCCUCCUAUUAUCGGGACCCCCUGAACCGGCAGUCUCGGAGCCUGUUGAAACUCUAUGGUAUCCGCUUUGACAUUUCGGUCCACGGCCAGGCUGGAAAGUUCAGCAUCAUUCCCACCGCUGUCAACUUGGGGACAGGAGCUGCCUUCCUUGGAGCUGCUGCCGUGGUUUGCGACCUCGUCCUGCUGUACCUCGAUACGAAAGCCGAAUUUUAUCGGAGUGAGAAAUACGAGGAGGCAAAGCCUCCGAAAACCAAAGUUGACGCAGCCACCUAGCCCUACACACCACGGGCAAGAAAUCUCAGGAGAGACCUAAUGUGGG